AUGCCUGUGGAUAUGAGUUUUAGUUCCUCUGCCCUAAAAGACGAUGUUUGCAAAUGUGAUAUUGAGCGGAACUGUGUGAGUAAUGUCCCUCUCCGUCUGAUCCCAGUCGAGCAGAUCUGUGGUGUGUUCUCCGCCGCCUCCAAACAAAAGGCCUGGGACCAUUUCACCAAAGCUCAGCGCAAGAACAUGGAGAUCUGGAGGAAACAGUGUGAGGAGCUGAGGAGCGCCCACUGUGAGGAGGUGAUGGGAGUCAGACGAGAGGAGGAGAUGGAGAUGUCCGACGAUGAAGACAAAGACCCUCUGUGUAAACGCUCCUGCACCGAGCAAAACGGUGUCCAGAGCCAGGCCUCUCUGUGUGAGGAGAACGACUCACUGCGAUGGCAGCUGGACGCCUACAGGAACGAGGUGGAUCUACUGAGGAGGGAGAACCAGGGCCUGAGCCAGGGCCUGAACCAAGGGCUGAACCAGGGACUGAACCAGGGGCUGAACCAAGGCCUGAACCAAGGGCUGAACCAAGGCCUGAACCAAGGGCUGAACCAGGGCCUGAACCAGGUCCCAGAGGCUCAGAUCCAGCUGCUGCAGCAGAACAUGCACCAAAUGCAACAGCAGUUACUGAGUCUCCAGGAGCAACUGAGGAGCAGGGAGGAUGAACUGGAGCAGGCCCGAGAGGAGCAGAAGGUCAUGGAGAGAGAGGUCCGCAGCCUCACAGAGAAGCUGCUGAAUAUCAAUGUGGAGACUGUGGAAAGCACCAGCUCUGAGCCUCUGGACAAGCCUUUGGCCAAAGCCACCGAGAUAUUGUGCGGUGAACUGCACUUAGGACUUUCCUUUAUUUACCCCGUGAUCCUGAACAUGGUCAACACCACGCUGCGCGUUGAGGGCUCUGAUCUGUCUGCGGUGCGCGCAUUUAAGAACACAGUCCGACAACAGCUGGAAACACGAUUCAAACUGGACUCUGAUGAUCUGCCCUCGUCUAUCCCAGUUGUGGCCUGCAUGUUAGAUCCUCGCUUCAAGCACCUGAAGUUCAUCCCAGACAGCAAAAGAGAGAGCGCAUACAGCCACCUGGACACCCUGCUUCUGGAUGAGAGUGAGACGCUGAGCGUAACAGAUGUCGGUGUGGAAACCUGUGAAACUGAGCAGACGGGGAAGGACAUAGGGAAGAAGGCGCGUCUUGAGCUGGACUUUGCGGAGCUGUUUGGGACGCAUUUCGAAAGCGGGCAGAAUACGGCCCGCGGCUCCACAGCAACUGAAGAGGCCAGACAAUAUUUUCUCUUGCCCCAAAUCCCAACUCUGGACAACCCGUUGCAGUGUCGAGAACGCAGAGGAGACGGCAAGAGAGGAGGCAUCGCGACUGAGAAGGAGGCUCUGCUGCUGGGGGUGAUGUCCACGUUCCUUCACGUUCAUCCGUUUGGAGCCAACCUGGAGUAUCUCUGGUCAUACAUCCAGCGGCUGGACGCCAAGGUGACGGCGGUGGAGCUGGAGCGUCUGAUGCUGAGGCUGCCCUCCACCUUCAGGCAGGAGCUCAGCGGCGUCGGAGCAAACCUCGAGAAACGAUGGAAGUUCUGUGGCUUCGAAACUCUGGGGACGCACUGA